AUGAGUGACACAUCUCCCCCGUCGUCUUUUGACUCUCAUCCGAAACAAAAUGGCAGAAAAUUUACCCGCCGCAUUAAAGAGGAGCCUCUUAUCCCAAUAGGCUACGCCGCAACCAGCUACGCCCUCUGGCGCGCCUACAAGUCCAUGAAAGCUGGUGACUCGAUUGAGCUCAAUCGCAUGUUCCGCGCUCGGAUUUACGGCCACGCCUUUACUCUCUUCGCCAUCGUUGCUGGCGGUAUAUACUACGGCAACGAACGGAGGCAACGGAAGGAGUUUGAAAAGGCUCUUCAGGAGAAGUCGAAUCAGGAGAAGCGCGAUGCUUGGCUGAGAGAAUUGGAGAUCAGAGACAAGGAGGAUAAGGAUUGGAGGCAGAGGCAUGCUGCUAUUGAGGUGGCGGCGAAGGAGGCGGAGAAGAAGAAGGGUUAA